AUGGCCACCCCCAAUGUUCUUACUUUUGACGCUGAGGGGAGGGCCAUUGACUUUGCCGUCUGGAUUGAAGACCUGCAGCUGUACUUGCUGUGUGAUGCGAUAGAUGAGGUCUCUCUCUUUGACUUUGUCUCUGGCGCUGUCCCUGCCCCUCCUGCUGAUGCUGACUCUGCCGUUCGCUCCAAGUGGGCGACCCGCGAUGCUGCUGCACGUCUUGCUGUGCGUCGCCACCUCCCUUCCUCUGAGCGUGCCCACUUUAGUCAGUGCAAGACCGCUCAGGCCUUGUACGACGCUGUAGUUGCACGCUACUCCUCCCCUUCCUCCGCUACCCUUAGCCGCCUCAUGCUACCGUUUCUCUUCCCUGACCUCGCUUCCUUUCCCACUGUCGCUGACCUCGUUACCCACCUCCGUGCUAGUGACACCCGCUACCGCGCUGCCCUUCCUGCUGAGUUCCGCGCUGCGAACCCUCCUCCCAUGUACAUCACUCUCUACUUUCUCGUCACCCGUCUCCCUGAGUCCCUUCGUGUCGUUAGGGACCAGUUUCUCUCUGUCUGUCCCACCACUCUCACUGUCGACCUCCUUGAGGAGUCCCUGCUAGCGGCUGAGAAGAUUAUUGUCGCUGUAGGGGCCUCUCGGGGUGACCCUCGCACCCCCAUCUUUGAGGGGUGUGGUCCUUCCCCCCUGCUGCCCUCUGUCGCCUCUGCCGCUGCGGCCGACCUCACUGGUUUUGAGUCGGUCGGCGCGGCGUCUGCCCCCAGCGGCAGACGCCGCUCUGGCAAGGGCAAGGGGGGCAAGGGAGCGGGUGGAGCUAGAGGGGGCGGUGGAGGAGGCGGUGGGGGUGGCGGGGGGAGUGGGGGUGGCGGUGGGGGUGGUGGCGGGAGUGGAGGUACUGGUAGCGGCGGUGGAGGCGGAGGUGGCGGCGGAGGUGGUAGCGGAGGAGGCGGUGGGAGCGGUGGGAGCGACGGUCCUGGUGGGGGAGGUGGCGGUGGAGACGGGGGUGGCGGUGGAGGCGGGGGUGGCGGUGGAGGCGGGGGUCGGAGUAGCUCGUCCCAGCGGAGCAGCUCUGGGGGUGGUCAGCGCCAGCAACAGCAGCAGCAGCAGCCGCAGCAGCAGCCACAGCAGCAGCAGCGCUCUCGCACCGUCCCCGCCCCUCAGCAGCUCCGUGAGUGGUACUUGCAGCGUCAGCGUGGUGGUGCGCUUGGUCCCUGCCCCUACGUUCUUCGCACCGGUGACCGUGCAGGGGAGAGGUGUGGAGGCGCCCACACAGCCCGCCGCUGCUUUGGCCGCCUGACUGACGCCUGGCGUCAGCAGUUUCCGGAGGCCGCUGAGAUCCCCCGCUGGGGGGAGCUGUCUAGGGCUGGUGUAGCUAUUUAUGAUCUUGAUUUUGAUGCUAUUCUCUCUGCUAUGUAUGCUGUGGUUAGUGAUGAGGAUGACUGUUACCGGUGUUUCCCGCCCGACCCGGGCAUUGGUACUGCCGCGUCAGGUACUAGUGAGGCUGCUGCUCUAGGUGCCAGUGCGUCUGUGCUCUCAGGUGCUGGUGAGUCUGCCCUCUCAGGUACUGUGUCGGCUUCGGCCUCUCACACCUUCACCCUUGACUCUGGAGCGUCUCGCUCCUUCUUUAGGGACCGCACCACUCUCACGCCGCUGAGUCGGCCGGUUGCGGUGUCCCUGGCUGACCCCUCUGGGGGGCCUGUCCUGUCUCGCUUCUCCACUGUCCUCCCGUGUCCGGCGGCCCCCUCUGGCACCCUGACUGGUCUCUACCUCCCCUCGUUCUCGACGAACUUGGUGAGUGGUGCUGACCUCCAGGAUGCGGGUGUCCACCAGUUCACCCCUGCUCGUCAGCGGGUGACUCACUGCACGGAGGCGGAUACAGGUCGCCACCUGGCUACGUUUACACGUCGGCCAGGGUCGAGCCUGUACACACUGACCACUGCUUCUCCUCCAGGUGCUGAGUCUGGUAGGGUCCCUUCGUCUGGUCAGGUGUUUGCUGCAGCGUCCAGGUCUGGUCCUGAGUCUGCCCCCUGCUCGUGUCGUCGUCUGUCUCACGAGACCCUCCUUUGGCACCACCGCCUUGGCCACCCCUCUCUGCCUCGGCUCAGAGGCAUGGCCUCGCGAGUCCUUGUGUCUGGUCUUCCCCGGUCUCUCCCUCCCCUUCCUCCGGGCCCUGGCCCUACCUCCCGCGUCCGUGGACAGGGUCUGGAGCGCUACUUCCUGCUGGUGGUUGACGACUACUCGCGUUACACCACAGUCUUCCCCUUGCGCAGCAAGGGUGAGGUCACUGAGGUGUUGAUCGACUGGAUCCGCGCAGCUCGUCUCCAGCUUCGGAGGAGCUUUGGCUCUGACUUCCCUGUUUUGCGUCUGCACUCGGACAGAGGCGGAGAGUUCUCCUCUGGCCUCCUGAGUGCCUACUGUCGUGCGCGAGGCAUCCGUCAGACCUUCACGCUUCCGGACUCACCACAGCAGAAUGGGAUUGCUGAGCGCCGCAUUGGCAUGGUCAUGGACGUCGCUCGUACGUCCAUGAUGCAUGCGGCUGCUCCCCAUUUUCUGUGGCCGUUUGCGGUCAGGUACGCUGCGCACCAGAUCAACCUCCACCCCAGGGUCUCUCGACCGGAGACCUCCCCAGCCCUGCUGUGGACGGGGAAGGUUGGCGAUGCGUCGGCGUUCCGGGUCUGGGGAUCUCGGGCGUUUGUUCGCGACCUGUCUGCGGACAAGCUGUCCCCUCGUGCUUCUCCCUGCGUCUUCCUGGGGUUCCCCCCCGACGCCCCUGGGUGGCAGUUUUACCACCCCACCUCUCGACGUGUUCUGUCCUCCCAGGACGUCACGUUCGACGAGUCGGUACCCUACUACCGCCUCUUCCCCUACCGCACUCCGUCCCUCCCCCCACCCCCGCUCUUCUUGGUACCAGGUCCCCCCCCGGUAGUCCCCCUCCCCCCUCAGGGUCCUGCCCCUUCAGGUGUGUCCCAGGUAGACGCGGUCGAGCCUGUCGAGGUCACUGGUGACUCUGGUGCUGCUGCGGGAGCUGAGCCUGGGGGUGCGGAGUCUGGGGGUGCUGAGCCUGGGGGUGCUGAGCCUGGGGGUGCUGAGCCUGGAGGUGCCGAGCCUGGGGGUGCUGUGCCUGGGGGUGCUGUGCCUAGGGGUGCUGAGCCUGGGGGUGCUGCGCCUGGGGGUGCUGUGCCUGGGGGUGCUGAGCCAGGAGGUGCCGAGCCUGGGGGUGCUGUGUCUGGGGGUGCUGUGCCUAGGGGUGCUGAGCCUGGGGGUGCUGAGCCUGGGGGUGCUGUGCCUGGGGGUGCUUCGUCUCGCCGGGAGCCACUCUCCCCACAGGAGCUGCGUGAGUGGUUUGCCAGGCGCUGGAGGCGUGCUGCUGGUGCUGGUGGUUCUUCGGCUGCAGAGGGUACUGCUGCCGCGCGUCCCGCCGGUGCUCGUACUGUGGGUGCUGGAGCUGCUGGGUAUGAGAGUUCUCCUGGAGCUGGUACUGCUGAGGGUGUUGGCGCUGAGCCUGCCGUUGGCGGUCCGACUGACAGUGCUCCUGGUGCUGCUGCUAGAGGUUCUGGAGCUUCUGGUGGUGCUGCUAGAGGUGCUGCUGGAGUGGGUGCUCCUGCCGGGGCUGCUGGUGCUGUUCCUGCUGUUUCUAGUGUCGCCGCGCGGCCCCGACCGUACUUCGUUCCGCUCCUGCAGCAGGUUCUUGGUCUUACACCUCCUCCUCCUCCUCCCUUAGAGGGUCCGCAGCCUGUCCGGUCACAGCCACAGCUACAGCCUGCCUCCCCUUUGCCAGCUCCUUCUCCCUACGCUGGUCCGACUGGAGGUCUUACUGAGCGUCGUGAGCCUGCGUCUCGUCCUGUGUCGCCUGUUCGUACUGAGCGCGCUAGUGGUCGCGGGUCGCGUCAGCGUCCUCCUCCUGUCCCUGGCACGCACCGGAUGUCACUGCGUCCGUCCACUGCUCCUCUGCGUGCCCCUUUGCCUUCUCCUCCUGCUUCCUCUCUUCCUGCUCUUGCCGACCCGGAGUCGGACUCUCUUCGUGCUGCCAGUCCUACUGUCACGCGUCUCCUUGCUACUGCUGUCACUGACCCUUCCUUCGAGUCGUCUGCUGCGUCUGCCCUUGUCACUGAGCUUGUCGACUUUGCUGCGCGCUGUCGUCUAGACUACGCUGCUCGUCUUGUCACUGAGUCUGAGUCCGCCUGUCCUCCGUCCGUCGGGGGUGAGUGUGCCCUUGGCACGGACGUCCUAGAGGACAGGCAGGAGGAGUUCCAGUGUCUGGCCGCCGCUUCACCUCGUCUCGCGUCUGUACUGCUAGCCCCUGAGGGAGACCCGGAUGCACCAGACAUCCCGACUCCGCGCUCUUACGCGGAGGCGAUAGAGGGUCCCUACUCCUCUCAGUGGCAGGCAGCUAUGGAUGCAGAGAUGGCUUCCUGGAAGUCCACAGGCACCUACGUUGACGCUGUUCCCCCUCCUGGGGCGAACAUCGUCAGUGGCAUGUGGAUUUUCAGGGUGAAGCGGCCGCCGGGUUCUCCGCCUGUCUUCAAGGCGCGUUACGUGGCUCGUGGCUUCAGUCAGCGGCAGGGGGUUGACUACUUUCAGACCUUCUCCCCCACCCCGAAGAUGACCACUCUUCGGGUCCUGCUGCACGUUGCUGCUCACCGUGACUACGAGCUGCACUCUCUCGACUUCAGCACAGCUUUCUUGCAGGGCAGCCUGCACGAGGAGAUCUGGCUGCGUCGCCCACCUGGCUUCACUGGGUCUUUCCCUCCUGGUACCCAGUGGAGUCUCCGGCGUCCAGUCUACGGUCUCCGCCAGGCGCCACGUGAGUGGCACGACACACUGAGGACUACGCUCGCGGCACUUGGGUUUGCUCCUUCUACUGCCGACCCGUCGCUGUUUCUGCGCACCGACACCUCUCUGCCGCCGUUCUACAUCCUCGUGUACGUCGACGACUUGGUCUUUGCCACAGCUGACACUGCUGGACUCGCCUACGUGAAGUCCGAGCUGCAGAAGAGACACACGUGCACUGACCUGGGUGAACUGCGCAGCUACCUUGGCUUGCAGAUCACCCGGGACAGAGCACGCCGCACCAUUACCCUGACUCAGUCACACAUGGUGCAGCAGGUCCUUCAGCGCUUCGGCUUCACGUAG